AUGGAGCCAAUUGUCUUAGACCAAGGUACGGGGUUUGUCAAGAUCGGUAGGGCCGGUACCAACUUCCCAGACCACACAUUCCCAUCCAUGGUGGGUCGUCCAAUUCUACGUGCCGAAGAACGUUCGUUGGGUGAUGUAGAGAUCAAGGAUAUAAUGUGUGGUGACGAGGCUGCUGCGGUGAGAAGCAUGCUUCAAAUCUCAUAUCCAAUGGAGAAUGGUAUCAUCAAGAAUUGGGAAGAUAUGGAACAUCUAUGGGAUUAUGCUUUUUACGAACGGAUGAAGAUCGAUCCUACGGGCCGCAAGAUCUUACUUACCGAGCCUCCAAUGAACCCACUCAAGAACAGAGAGACAAUGUGUGAUGUGAUGUUUGAGAAAUACCAAUUCGGUGGGGUCUAUGUUGCGAUUCAAGCAGUGUUGGCCCUUUAUGCGCAAGGUCUAUCUUCCGGUGUUGUUGUCGAUUCCGGUGACGGUGUCACACAUAUAGUCCCAGUCUACGAGUCGGUUGUGUUGAACCAUCAGACAAAGAGAUUAGAUGUUGCGGGUAGAGACGUCACAAGAAACUUGAUCAACCUUUUAUUGAGAAGGGGGUACGCGUUCAACAGAACAGCAGAUUUCGACACCGUUAGACAAAUAAAGGAGCAGUUGUGUUAUGCAUCAUACGAUUUAGAUUUCGACACCAAGCUUGCAAACGAUACAACCACAUUGGUGCGUAACUUCGAGUUGCCCGACGGCCGUGUUAUAAAAAUCGGAUCUGAGAGAUUUGAAGCACCAGAAUGUUUGUUCCAACCUUCUCUAGUUGAUAUUGAGCAGCCAGGUGUCGGUGAAUCAUUGUUCAACGCCAUCCAGUCAUGUGAUGUCGACGUCCGCUCAACAUUGUACAAGUCGAUUGUGCUAUCUGGUGGAUCUUCCAUGUACCCAGGUUUACCUUCAAGAUUAGAGAAAGAGCUUAAACAGCAAUGGUUUGUCAAAGUGCUCAAAGGCGAUCCUUCCAGACUUGAAAAAUUCAAGGUCAGAAUUGAAGAUCCUCCAAGGAGAAAACAUAUGGUUUUCAUUGGAGGAGCAGUGUUGGCAAACAUCAUGGCUGAUAAAGAUCACAUGUGGAUUUCUAAGCAAGAAUGGGAAGAACAGGGACCAAGAGUUUUGGAUAAAUUAGGCCCUCGUUGA